AUGAAUGGACCUGAACGCAUGGAGCUGCCCGCGGACAAGGACGAGCUCCACAGCGGGGCUAUGAGCGUGGAUUUUCCGGUGUGUGUGGUGCUUCCAGCCGGAGGCACCGGAGAGAGGACCGGGCUGCAGACACCGAAACAGUACUGCCCCAUUCUGGGCAGACCGCUCAUCAGUUACACGGUGCAGGCGUUUGAGAGGGUGAGCUGGGUCCAGUGCAUAGUGGUCGUGGUAGCUGCAGAAAGUCUCUCCCUGAUGACGGACAUCGUGCAAAACUACAGACACUCUAAAGUACACGUGGUUCCAGGAGGCUCCACGCGGCACCGCUCCAUCCGCACAGGGGUCCUGGCUUUAGGGGAACUGGGGGGGCAGGACGGGGGACACGGGCCUAAAGUGGUCCUCAUACACGACGCGGUGAGGCCCUUUGUGGAUGAGGACUUUCUCUACAAGAUCGUGACGGCAGCGAAGGAACAUGGGGGCCCUGUGGAGGUAGGUGUGCCACCGCCAACCCAAGGCGCGGAGGACCCAGAGAGUGUGCGGGCCGCACCGGUGCCGCGAACGACAGACGGGAGUGGAGAAGAAUUCGUACGCGAUGAGACUCUGGUGGAUCGCGUCAAGCUGCAGCACGGUGGCCAGACGCAGAGGACCACGGCUGCAGGCUGCUCUUGCUACCACCUUGGAGAAGCCUAA